AUGUCUGGCCCACCUCCCGAAGUCCGGGCGAAGAACCAAGAGUGGGAAUCCAAGUUCAAGGGCAAGGACAUGACGGCCGCCGAAAUGAAGGCCGAACUCCCGCCUGUCCACCGCGUCGUCAAGCCAGGCAUGAUGAUGACCCGCGAUUUCGUCGAGAACCGUGUUAACGUGCAUGUUGAUGAGAAGGGAGUUUGUACGCACUGCACACACGGCUAG